CAGUGGUCACAUGACAUGACACAGAGGCGGUCAUGUGAUCGGAAUGUCAUCAGAAAGCUCCCUGAACAGGAAAGCAGACAGUUCCAGAAUCAAAUAUGGAUGCUCCCACAGUGCAUCUUGCCCAUGCGGCUUUUUCUGUCAACAGAUGUCCGAAUUGUGUUAGCUGGAGCCGGCAAAAUGUUCUGGCAUGUGGCACGUGUCACUCCAUAGCUUUAUACAACCCGCAGGAAAAGACAGUACUAACUACUCUAAACGGACACACUGCAAGGGUUAACUGUGUACAGUGGAUUCAGAAACCUGACUGUAGUCCUGAAACUGAACUUGCAUCUGGUGGAUCUGAUAAAAAAGUGAUCAUUUGGAAGACAAAGGAAUUCCAGUGUGUACACAAGGAUGUACUGGAAGGUCACACCGAAGCUGUGUGUGCUGUUCAUGCUGUCUAUAGACCAGCAGAAUCUGUGGAUGAUCUUCUUGUGGCAUCUGCUGCUUCUGACUCCACUGUCAGAAUAUGGUUGAGAAGCCAGUCAAAAACUGAAUGUCUCCAAACCUUGUCAUUUGGGAAUGGAUUUGUACAGGGUGUCUGCCUUUCUGUUUUACCUGACACGCAGGUGCCCAUUUUAGCUUGCGGAGGAGAUGACAGCCGGGUUCAUUUGUAUGUUAAGCAGGAUGGGCAGUUUCAGAAGACACAAAUACUUCCUGGACACGAAGAUUGGGUGAAGGGUGUGGAGUUUGCCAUAAAUGGAAAGGAUAUGUAUCUUGCGAGUUGUUCUCAGGAUUCCCUUAUCCGUAUUUGGAAGAUAUUUGCCAAGCCUGCUUUAGAACCUGUCAAAAAUGAGCAUGAAUUGAAAGAAAACAAUAUCAAGCUCAAGGAGAAUGUAUUUUUAGUCAAAGAAGAAGGUAUAAAAUUUACGUACGCGGUGUCAUUAGAGACUGUGCUAGCUGGCCAUGAAAACUGUGUCUAUGCUGUUCAUUGGCAGCCUUCUUUCAGAAAAGAUGGCAGCAUAGUACAGCCAAUGAGCCUGUUAUCAGCAUCGAUGGAUAAAACCAUGAUCCUGUGGGAACCAGAUGAUGAGUCUGGAGUAUGGCUAGAACAGGUCCGUGUUGGAGAAGUUGGAGGCAAUACACUGGGAUUUUAUGGAUGUCAAUUUAGCCCUGAGAAGUCAAUGAUUGUUGCUCAUGGGUUUCAUGGAGCUCUUCACAUGUGGUGUCAGAAUUCAUCUGCGCAGGAUGAGUGGAUUCCCAUGGUUGUGAUAUCUGGACAUUUCAACAGUGUGCAAGGUUUAAGAUGGGAUCCUGAUGGUGAAUUUAUCAUAACAGUUGGUACAGAUCAGACAACCAGACUGUUUGCUCCUUGGAAAAGAAAGCAUCAAGCUCAGAUAACCUGGCAUGAAAUUGCUCGCCCUCAGAUUCAUGGCUAUGACAUGCAGUGUAUUGCUAUGAUCGGAAGAUUUCUGUUCGUGUCUGGAUCAGAUGAGAAAGUUCUCAGGGUAUUUGCUGCACCAAGGAACUUCAUUGAGAACUUCAGUAAAAUUUCUAACAUUUCAGUGAAAAAUCUUCUUGCAAAUGAAAACACCAAUCUUCCCGAAGGUGCUACUGUGCCUGCUCUGGGUUUGUCGAAUAAAGCAGUCUUUCAAGGGGAAUUAAGUGGACCUGCAGUUCAAGAAGACACGUUUAGUAGUGUUUCUGAUCCGUAUUCUCAGCCUUAUUUUCAGCCCCUUGUCCUGACAGAACCUCCAACUGAAGAUCAUUUGUUGCAGAACACACUGUGGCCUGAAGUUCAAAAAUUGUAUGGGCAUGGAUAUGAAAUCUUCUCUCUGGCUUGCAACAGUGCUGGAACAAUUGUUGCCUCUGCUUGUAAGGCUUCCAAAAGAGAACACGCAGCAAUUAUUUUGUGGAGUACCACAAGCUGGAAACAGAUCCAGAGCUUGUCGUUUCACAACCUGACUGUUACUCAGAUGGCAUUUUCUCCUGAUGACAAAUUCCUAUUAGCAGUUUCCAGAGAUAGAAACUGGUCCCUGUGGAGGAAGCAGGAGGGAAUUCCAAUGCUGUCAGCUGAACCACAUUUCAUAUUACAAGCCAGCACCAACAAAGAUACAUCUGUACAUAGUCGAAUAAUUUGGUCAUGUGAUUGGACUACAGACAGCAAGUUUUUUGUUACAGGAAGCAGAGACAAAAAGGUUAUUGUGUGGGGUGACUGUCAGGUGUUUGACACUCAGGAUGACCACAACUGUGCUUCUGUCAAGCCUUGCUCUACUCUUCUAGAUGUGGGAGAUUCUGUCACAGCUGUUGGUGUCAACAAAGCACUUGCUUCUCUUGGAAGUUAUAUUAUUGCUGUUGGAUUAGAAUGUGGGAAGAUUCUUCUGUACAAAUGGAAAAGUGGUAUUACAGAAAAUGACUGGAUGAAAAGUUAUGAGAUGGAUCAAAGCCUUUGUCACACACUGACUGUCAAGCAAGUCUGUUGGAGAAGCAAACCGGGUCGUGCUGGACAUGAUGAUCUGGACAAUGCUGAAUGGUUGCAGCUGGCAAGCUGUGGAGCAGAUCAUGUCAUUAAGAUAUUCAAUGUUAACAGGAGUAUAUUCUCUUUGUAGAGGUCCUUUAUAGUUGGUAACAUAAUUUUACGAAAGAGCAAUCUUGGUACUGAAAGAAUAUGGCUUCAAAGAAGCUGAAUGCUAUAUACAGUCACGGGGUUUUUGAGAGCUCUAUGUGGAGGGAAGAGUAAUAAUUUAUAGAACAGUCAACAGCUGGAAAUAUUUAUUGAGGUACAAUUCAAUUCAAUUAAAAAGGCAAAUAAAAAUAAAAAAAGUUCUUGUUACCAGCAAUUCCAGAACAACCAGUUGCUGGCAAAAAAAAUGCAGGCUAUUUAUCCUGAUUCCAUCCACCCUAAAAUUCCUACUUGGGAUCAAAGAGAUUGGACAUUUAACAUAAUAUAAUUAUGGAAUAGAGAGCUCACCCCUACCCAACAGUACAUAUGAAGAUCUAGGAGCAAGAAACAUUGGACCACAUAAAAUUCACUUAUUGAUUUCACUUGUUGCCUGGAGUUGUUCUUUAAAGGAUAUGUUAAUUUUAUUAUUUUAUAUGCAUCAUCUACAUAUUAAACUUUAAGUGUAAAAACA